AUGACCAGUAAUAGAGAGGUAAAUCCAGAAAUCAUGGUAAUCGAUGCUGGAGAAGGACCAAGUGAAAGUGAAACGAUCAAUAAUGUAGAAGAGUUGUUCACACCUCGAAUACCGAGAGUUCCACCGUUGAUGAGAAACCAUGAAAAUAACAAGGGAAUGUUUGAUCCAAAGGUGGUUUCCAUAGGUCCAUACCACCAUGGCAAAGAGGAACUCCAGCUUGUAGAGAACAUCAAGAAUAAGGUAGCAAAACUGUUUCUACAAGACAGCGGCAACGAUAUGGACGCGGUCUACAGCAUGAUUCUUGAAGAGGUUGUUGAUGAAAGGGGGGUUGAUGAUCCUAGAAGCUACUAUGAUAAACGUUCAACCGAUAAAUACAGUCGAAAGCGAUUUGCAAAUAUGAUGCUCUUGGAUGGUUGUUUCAUUCUAGCUAUAAUUGAGGACUUCUUCCUCUGUGCUGCCAGCGCUGCCAAUCAAAAAUCAAAAUAUGAUGAUGUUAAAAAUCAUCUAGGCCUUUCACUUUGGUAUUCAGCACAUGAUGAUAUACUUUACUUGCUUGAGAAUCAACUCCCAUUUCAAGUUCUUAAGUUGAUAAUGAGGUUAAAAUUCCAAGAAGAUGAAGGGAUGAAAUCCAUCAUCGCGUUCUUGAAAAGUGUGAUUUUUUCGGACACUGGACAUAUUCUGAAUAAGGAUGAAGUUAUUGUCAGUGAAACCGACAGGAAACCGUUUCAUCUCCUUCAAUUAGUACGGACAAAGUAUCUCAAUCUCAACCAAUCCCUUCACAAAUAUUCCAAACCUAAGAGUGAUGUGAUGGAAUAUUUUCUCUCAUUUGGUUCGGCUACUGAGCUCAAAGCAAAAGGGAUACACUUUAGGCCUAACCGCCGCUCUUUAUCUCUUGAGGGUAUUGAGUUCAAAUCUUGGUGCUUCUCUGGACGUCUCGAACUUCAUCCUUUCCUUGUUGAUCCACCUUACAAACUAUUUAUGUCAAAUAUGAUUGCUUAUGAAAUGGUAUCAUGCACUCGUACUGAGGACCUUGUCAUUACGUCUUACAUUCAUUUCAUGCAAUUACUGAUUGACAACCAGGACGAUGUGAAAGAGUUGCGGUCAAAGCAUAUACUAUUCAAUGCGCUUGGAAGUGAUCAAGAAGUGGCUAAUGUUUUCAAAGAGUUCACCAUUUUUGGAACUAAUGUCAUGUUAUAUGAUGAUAUCAAGCAGAGGAUUCAGGUUCACUAUAACAGCACUGCCAAGACUUGGAUGGCCGAAUUUAUUAACAAAUAUUUUAGCAGACCAUGGACAGUCAUUGCUUUCGCUUCUGCAACUUGUCUCCUUGUCUUGGCUUUUCUCCAGACUUACUACACUAUCAAAAGUCACCAUAAAUAA